AUGCUUGCAAGGAGGUUUCUCCUUCCACCGCUCCAACUCAGACUUUCUACUCUUUAUAGUGUCACCCGCCUCCCCGCUAACACCGUUGGCCCUUUAUAUUGCGGAAGACCGAAUUUACAACCUUUCCGAAAAGCAAUUCCCUUUUCCGCUACAGUAAGCUCUGCCUCGCCUCCGCGCUCGCGCCUCCCACCCGAUGACGACGAGGAAUUCUGGGGCGUUAGGCGACCUUCGAAACGGAAGCCUACGAUAGAAACAACCAGCAACGAAGCAGACAAUUUAGAGCGACUUCUUCAAGCGGAUGGUUUUAAGACCUGGGGCUUUAUCAUAUAUCGCUGCACAUACCAAAGUAACGCUGAUUGGGAGAAAUUUAUGACUCUCUUACUAGACCAGACAACAAGGUCGCUCAAGUGCUAUAAUGGUUUAGAUCUACUAGACAGUCUUGCCCCUACGGUUAUGGAAGAUUCCUCUUUUGAAGGCGCAGCAACUGCUACCCUCCGCGGGUAUUUCAACAAAUGGGCUACGACUGCUAAGCACCUAGAACAAGGUGUUCCACUAGACCAGAAGCACUAUGCCCAGUCAGGUCCCUACCGGUACUUCUUGAUGGUGGACCAGGAGGCCUUAGAAUCAGUACUAAACGAGCCAAACCUGAAAUUUAGUAAAUCAGCGUUUGUUCGUCUAGUUGAUGGCCAAUGGGAACCAGAGGUGCUUGAUGAAGAAGAGUUGGAGGCGCUGGGUGGGCCUCCAGAAGAAUUUGAGCCUCUCGAAGGAUGUACUCUAGAGGACGUUGGUUGGAUGAAAAUACCUUUUGGGGACAGUGAGUUCACCGGAUUCGUGUGGUUUCAAUGUAAUACCAAUGGCUGGGAUAUGUUCUAUCUCCGUCCUCCGGAGAUGCAUCCCCCAACUCGUUUCUGA